AUGCCCUACUACGCCAGAACCAAGGGCCGGACCCAGGAAAUCCCGCCCGACGGCAGCCGGUCUCCUCUGCCGGCCUCCGGCGCCCGGUCGCCGCUGCCGCCCCGGACAACACUCGGCCGUCCGUCUUCCCGGUCACUACCAGACCUAAGCGCCGAUGUGCGGAGCGCCCUCUCAGCACCAAAACACGGCGACGCUACCUACCGUCACAGCUUCUGGACCCGCUGCCGGUGCUGUCGCGGUGGACGGAGCCCCCUCGACCUGCUUCGUAGAGUCGUUCUUGUACCGAUAGCCGACUUGUUCUUCUUCCUCGAGGAAGCAGCUGAGUCUGUGCCACCCAUCAUCCCAGCUCUCAUGGCUUGCUUCUUCCUGUUGGUGGCGCUACCCAUGAUGAUUGCAUGGGAUUUCCUCUGA